AACUGAUCUCUCACAGAAUCACCCACCCAUCAAUCAUAUACAUCUUUUCCACACUUCAAGACUUAACCACCACCACCACCAUGGCUGAAGAGAAGCACCACCACGGCCACUUCCACCACAAGAAGGACGAUGAAGAAAGGCCUUAUGACACUGUCUACUCCGACCAAAGGCCUUCUGACACUGUCUACUCCGACCAAAGGCCUUCUGACACUGUCUAUUCCGACCCUCCUUAUUCCACCGAAACUGCUUAUUCCUCCGAGACCACCUACUCCUCCGGCGGCAAGGGAGGGUACGGCUCCGGUGGCCCGGGUGGGUACGCAGUUGAUACCACAGAAGUGAUCACCGAGUCUGGCCCUGACUACGAGAAGGAAGAGAAGCACCACAAGCAUCUAGAGCACGUCGGCGAGUUUGGCGCUGCCGCUGCCGGUGCUUAUGCCUUGUACGAGAAGCACAAGUCAUCGAAGGACCCAGAGCAUGCCCACAGGCACAAGAUAGAGGAGGAGGUUGCAGCUGCGGCUGCAGUUGGAGCAGGCGGAUUUGCCUUCCAUGAGCAUCAUGAGAAGAAAGAGACAAAGGAAGAAGAGGAGGAGUCUCAGGGAAAGAAGCACCACCAUCUUUUCGGAUGAAAAGAGAAGACCCGGCCCCAACCAUGGAUGGAUCUCUUCCGAUCGAGUGUCUUUAUUAAUUAAUUAACUACGUGUUUUCUCUGUGUUACGUUGUACGUGAUUAUACCACCAGUAAGCAGCUACCCUAAAUAAUACUUUGUGCGUGAGUGAGUGAGCUUGUGAAUGCUGCCUUGGUUGGUACAUGUCCUUGUUAAUUAAGGGUGUCAUCACUCAUCUGAUGGCUGAUGCUCUUAUUUAAUUUCUCUUUUUUAUCUUUUGGCGAUGUUAAUAAUAAUAUGCAGGUUCCUUUUUCA